AUGAGACUUCCUCCAAACCUCUUAGUAAAAGUGAGUUUUCGAGGAUCAAGGCCCCGGUUACCUUUACUGGAAAAGAAACUGCGGCGGGGUAACGCGACACCCGUGGUAGCCCUGCCCUCCCAAGAUGAUGGGAAUGGGCGUGGUGCCCCAUUCAGCGGCCGUUGCUACUUUUCCUCGGGACGGGAUGGCAUAGCCUCUGUUCCCCAAAGGCGCCCAGGGCGAGAAGCAGCGUCGGCGUUAAGCGUUUGGCAUCGCUCUUCUCGGGGCUCCAUGGAAGCAGCGAGCAAGAGCGGCGGGGGGAGCCGCGGGAGAGCCCUCUUGCUCCCGGGGCUGGUGGCUCCCGUGCCCCCUUCCUUUUUCCGGCCGCCGAGUCUGAUUCUGCGGGCCGCCUCCUCCUCCCCCGGCAGCGGGUGCCCCUCGGCGGCGGGGCCGGAGCGCGGAGCGGCGGCCCUGGGCGGCGGCGCCCCGCGGACCCCCAAGUGCGCCCGCUGCCGCAACCACGGCGUGGUGUCCGCGCUCAAGGGCCACAAGCGCUUCUGCCGCUGGCGGGACUGCGCUUGUGCCAAGUGCACGCUGAUCGCCGAGCGCCAGCGGGUCAUGGCCGCGCAGGUGGCGCUCCGCCGGCAGCAGGCGCAAGAGGAGAGCGAAGCCCGGGGGCUGCAGAGGCUCCUGUACCCCGCGAUCGGGGCCGCGGAACCCAGACGCCCCGUGGCGGGACCAGAGGCCAGUAGGGCCCCGUCGACGUUCGAAGCCUGCCACCUGGGCGACCAAGAAGAGAAAAGAAGAGGCGAGUGGGCCGUCGCUUUCGCUUUUUAUAGUGAUAAUGGCCACAGCGAACAAAAGGCUCAGAAAAUUGACUCAUGCUAUAGUGGGUUAGAAGAUCCAGGAGCCACAUCACAUCAAUAUUCCUUGAGGUCUUCACCAGAAUACAAUGGAAAUCAUGAAGCGAAGCCAUCCAGUUCAGAAAACUCAGACAAGGAGGAACCUGCUCAGUCUCCUAUCCCUCAAUCAGAAAGGGCUGAGAGUCCUAGAUCACUGGCAUCUUCUGAUAUGGAAUCAGGAAAUGAAAGUGAAUGGGUCAAGGGCUUUGCUGCCUCUAGACCUAGCCUUCUCAGGGUUUCUUCAAGACCGAGAGACCCACUUGACAUUCUAACUACGGUUUUCCCGAGUCACAGGCUCAGCAGGCUGGAAAACAUUCUGCAGUUCUGCAAAGGAGAUGUGGUCCAAGCCAUAGAACAGAUCCUUAAUGGGAAAGAACCAAAGCAAGAUACCAGAGACCUUGAAAGGUCCCCUGGAUCAGAACUCACAGUCUUACAAAGAUCUUCCAGUUUUAGCCUAUCUGGGAUAGGUAUAGGAACCAUAGGGAAUAAGUCAGCUUUUUCUCCUCUGCAAACCAGUUCCACUCCAUUCGGAAAUGAUUCCAACCUGUACCGUUUAAAUCCUAGGCUAGGGAUCAACCCUCUAAGACUGGCCUAUUCCUCUCCAGGGAGGGCACUGCCUGCCUUUAUGUCCCCAUACCUAACAUCUGGGUUAUUUUCCACUUUGCCAUUCCGGCCAUCUCUGGAUUAUUCCUUCUCAGGAAUGAUCAGAAAUACUUCCUAUUUUCCCAGCAAAACCUUGAUGACCAAUGGUGGCCUUUAUUCCAGCCUGAAUCGGGAAAACCAAUAGUGCUUUAUGUGAGUUUUUUCUGUGGAACAGGUCCAGGAAUGGAUAAAGCACAUCACGGAACUAACAUGUUUGACUUUCAUCUGGUUUUGUAGGAGCAACUUGAUCCAGUCCUUCUAUCCAUAUUUUUUUAAUGGAUAAAAGAAAAGAAAAUGACAUGUGACUUAAAUGACACUAUCAUGGAAUGGCAUUUUGCUGAGGCAUGAUAUUUGAAUUUAGCCCCCAUACUAAUGAUUUGAAGCUUGUAUUUUUCUUAACAAAAAUAUCUUCAGUAAGAACCUACUACCCACUCC